GCACAGUGACGUCGACAUCAUCCUCAUUAGCAUCCCCCAUCCUUCCCACAGAGCCGCUGGUCUGUUUACAGGUCACUCCGCUAAACGGAGAAGACAUUUCUGGCUGUAGUGGACAGUGGAUCUGCAGCCCUGCAUACUAAACAGGAGAACAAGCUUUUCAUCAUGAACUGCGAUAUAGAUGGAGACAUGGAGAACCAGGUGGAGAUGGAGGAGAAGACGAGGUUAAUUAAUCAAGUUUUGGAACUUCAGCACACUCUCGAAGACCUUUCAGCGCGGGUGGACGCAGUCAAGGAGGAGAACCUGAAGUUAAAGUCUGAGAACCAGGUGCUGGGUCAGUACAUAGAGAACCUCAUGUCUGCCUCCAGCGUGUUCCAGACCACCGACACCAAGAGCAAACGGAAGUGAGGAAAAGAAAGGGACCCGCCAUCCAGGCAUGGAGAGGGAUUUGCUUUUCUCAGCAGACCUGGGCGUUUCUUCGGUAAUCGCAUAAUCAGAAAUAUGAACUUUCCCUUCCUGCUGACUAAACAAAUCAAUCUAAUGUUAGUCUUGCCCAGGUCUGUUUUGCAGCAGCUUCCUCUCCACACUACAGACAAGGUAGACAUCACCCUUUAAUCAGCAACACUAAAACAGAACUAUGUAAAUAAAGUGGUUGAGGGUCAUUUGUACCUUGAGUCUCUUCUUAACAUUCUCUGUCGAAGUCGUAUCUGUAAAAUAAUUCUUAGCUCUGCUUUAUCUGCUUUGUUUUCCAUAAAUAUUUCAAAUACUGCUCCUCAUUUCAAUUAUUUAUUUUUGUACAUUUUUCUUUAUGUCAGCGCUAGUCCCGGAUGCAAGCAUGACUAUUACUGUUAAAAAAAGCUGGCAAACUGGACAGUAUUAGGGAGGAUAUAAGAUGUAACUGGAUCGCAUGUAGGAGUUAUUUAAAAUGCAUCUUAUGAUGUCAUUAAAUCAACAAUCCCUAAAUAACGAAGUGUACAAAUAACCUUUUAACAAUGUGGAUAGUAGAUAACAAUGCAAAUAAAAAUCAGAGAAACUAAAAGGUGUAAACCGUUUUUAGUUGCAAGUGUAUGCAAUAUUUUAAUCACGAUACAUGAUUUCCAUUCUGUACUUACAAGUAUUUGCGACCCUUUUCAGUUUAUCAUGUCAUGUGGUGUAAAUUGUAAUGUAAGCGUGAUAAAGGAAAUGAUCGGGUCAUAAAUGGUUUCAUUUGUGUUCUUACUCUGUGGGAGGAGGGGACUAAAUAGGCCAGAUGACACAAGGAGGAGGAGACAGGCAGGAAGGGAGCAGUUGAGUGGCCUUGAGUGCUAUUGAUUCACUCAGCCUGGAAUACACCGGCUGCUAGAGGAGGGGUAUGACUGUAAAAUGUGCUGAUGUGCUCAGAGUACAGUAGAGGAGGGUGUGUUCUCAAACUCCUGCUAGCUCAGGGGAUGAGGGUGGAAGAAUUAAUCUGAAGAAUUGUUCCUCUUACAAAAAAAAAGUCUGAUAAUAUCUGGAAACCAGUUAUCCAUGUUCAAAUGUGGAAGUCUUAAUACAGGAUGCUAUAAACAUUGUAUAUGCUUGUAAUUUUUUAAGGUUAUUUUGAUAACAGUUGUACAGUCUUUUAUUUAUUUGCUGGCAUGUUAUUUUUCCCACAUAACCACCUUUGCCUUUUAGACAUUUGUUUAAUAAAAACCUAAUAUCACUC